GAUACACUCAUAGACUUUGACAAUGCUGAUAGAUUGUGUGAUAGGCAAGCGAGGUAUGCUUAUUGCGCAUCGUGGUGCUGUAGCAAACAGUGGUCUCAGAGAGAACACAUUGGAGGCCUUCGCAAGGGCCAUGCGCAAUGCAAAGUGUGAUGGCAUCGAGUUCGAUCUACGUUUGACGAGUGACGACGAGAUAGUUAUACAUCACGAUCGACGUUUGAAAGACGGGCGGUGCAUAGACAAGACAACUUAUAAAGAACUACCAGCGUAUAUACCUACUUUGGCGCAAGUGCUGGACCUGUGCACUAGUAUGGGAUACCGCGGGAUGCUGAAUCUCGAACUCAAAGAAUACAACCUGUACGACAGGACAACUGAGAUCUUGAGACAUAGAUACAUAGAGUGGGGGUUAGUCCCAUCGCAACUGCUUAUAACAAGCUUCUUACAUGCUGAGAUAAUACAAACGGACAGCACUGGACAUGCCUGUGGGUGGAUUAUGGAAUGCUUCCCUGUGUGUGUAAUCGAGCAAUUGAUAGUCCACAACGAUUACAUUGUGCUGAAGGACGAGUUCGUACCGUGGCAUUUGGAACAGGUGCGGGAGCUUUUGCUCAGGAAUGCGAGCAGAACAUUCCUGUUCACAGUCAACGACAUUCAGAGGGUCGAUGAAUUGAGAGACAAAGGUUUCAAUGUAAUAUCGGAUCAAUUGCCUUUUAAUGCAGACGCCAGUUUCGUAUAGGGUUGGAGCGCAUAUACACCGAUUAUAUGGUACGCUCGAGAUGCUGAGCAGUACAACCCCAUAAUACUUUCCAGACAGAAAGUUGUAGAGUCCAGCCGGCAAUGGAUGCGCCUGUAAGCUUGAGUCCACGCUGCUAUUGAGAAGAUGCAGGUACAAAGCCUCAGAAGCGUACGUGCAAUCUCAUUCCAUCAGGUUGAAGUACAGGAAUUCACUCAUACUAGAACGCUUUUUCAGCAGCCGCCUAGCUAUUCCAGUAGUGGACAUUGAAACAUAAUCUACGGCAAAAGUAGUCAAAUAGUAUGUGAAGAAUUGUAAAUAAACACCCGGCUAGGAAUUAUUCGUGCAGCC